AUGAGUAUUAGUUGGGAAGAAUAUAACAAGGCAUUGGGAAGAGACGCAAACUCUCGUGGAGUACCUGCUCAGCCGCAACCACAACCACAACAACCAUACCAACAACCAUACCAACAACCAUACCAACAACCACAACAACAACCAUACCAACAACCAUACCAACAACCAAAUGCAGGAUCCAAUAUCUUUAAUCCAAACCCAUACCAAGGUCAACAAUAUGGUGCUGCAACUGGCUCUGGUGGAUCCUCCUCCUCAACUGGCUAUGUCAAGGACAAACCCAUUAGAACUGGUGGUGGUAUUGAUAACCCAAUCUUUACAGUCUACGACAAGGCACCCAAUUUCCUCCAUCUCGGAGCCAUGCAAGGUGAAGCAGCUGCCAUCAAAUGGGAAUUGUACUCUGGAAAGAAGCCACUCCAUCAACAAGGAUACUGUAGAAUCGUAUUGAUUGUUCCACACGAUGCUUGGGAGAAGAGAAUUACCCUUGAGUGUCCAAACGGUCAAACGUACUCUGUCAGCGCCACUGGGUCGUCUGCCAACACCUCCAACUCUCUUGCACAUUGGGCCGAAGUUUGGGUUCCCCGUUUCACAGGUCAAUUCAAACUUGGAGUUUACAAGUACAAAGGUUUGUUCACCGGUAACAGUUUGGUUUGGAUGUACAGUAUGUAUGGUGACUAUGACAAUGAUCUCUAUGGUCGUGAAUUGUUUGUCAAGUGGAAGAAUGAUGACAGUCCAGACAUUGUAUUCGCAUCAGGAGGUGGCUAUGACUACAGCCCACAAUUUUUAGAAGGUCAAACUGUUGGUAAUCAACAUGGUUAA